AGUAGGCGGAACAAGCGAAGAGGAUGUGGCUUCUAUCAGUCCAGGCUCCAGGGACAGAACCUUCUCAAAGCGGGGGUGGAGACUCUAAUUUUCCCGCCUAAAGCAUCCCCUGGGAUUGGCUACUUUAAGUUCAGAGUACGCAUGCUCUGACUUUCUCUCUCUUUCGAUUCUUCCAUACUCCGAGUACGCACGGUCUGAUUUUCUCUUUCGAUUCUUCCAAAAUCAGAGUCAGACUGCUCCCGGAGCCAUGAACGGAGACGAUGCCUUUGCAAGGAGACCCACGGUUGGUGCUCAAAUACCAGAGAAGAUGCAAAAGGCCUUUGAUGAUAUUGCCAAAUACUUCUCUAAGGAAGAGUGGGAAAAGAUGAAAGCCUCGGAGAAAAUCAUCUAUGUGUAUAUGAAGAGAAACUAUGAGGCCAUGACUAAACUAGGUUUCAAGGCCACCCUCCCACCUUUCAUGCGUAAUAAACGGGCCGAAGACUUCCAGGGGAAUGAUUCUGAUAAUGACCCUAACCGUGGGAAUCAGGUUGAACGUCCUCAGAUGACUUUCGGCAGGCUCCAGAGAAUUGUCCCGAAGAUCAUGCCCAAGAAGCCAGCAGAGGAAGGAAAUGUUUCGAAGGAAGUGCCAGAAGCCUCUGGCCCACAAAACGAUGGGAAACAGCUGUGCUCCCCGGGAAACCCAACUACCUCUGGGAAGAUUAACACGAUAUCUGGACCCAAAAGGGGGAAACAUGCCUGGACCCACAGACUGCGUGAGAGAAAGCAGCUGGUGAUUUAUGAAGAGAUCAGCGAUCCUGAGGAAGAUGACGAGUAACUCCCCUCAGGGGUAUGACACAUGCCCAUGAUGAGAAGCAGAACGUGGUGACCUUUCACGAACAUGGGCAUGGCUGCGGACCCCUCGUCAUCAGGUGUAUAGCAAGUGAAAGCAAGUGUUCACAACAGUGAAAAGUUGAGCGUCAUUUUUCUUAGUGUGCCAAGAGUUCGAUGUUAGCAUUUAUGCUGUAUUUUCUUACACUGUGUCUUUCUGUUAGAUAUUAACGUUUUCAUUGAUGAGCAAGACAUGCUUAGUGCAUAUUUCGGUUUGUGUAUCCAUGCACCUACCUCAGAAAACAAGUAUUGUCAGGUAUCUCUGCAUAGAACAGCACUACCCUCCUCUCUCCCCAGAUGUGACUACUGAGGGCAGUUCUGAGUGUUUAAUUUCAGAUUUUUUCCUCUGCAUUUACACACACACACAAACCACACCACACACACACAAACCAUACACCACACACACACACAAACACACACACACACCAAGUACCAGUAUAAGCAUCUCCCAUCUGCUUUUCUCCAUUGCCAUGCGUCCUGGUCAAGCCCCCCUCAUUCUGUUUCCUGUUCAGCAUGUACUCCCCUCAUCCAAUUCCCCUGUAUCAGUUACUGAUAGUUAAUAAACUUUUGCAAACGUUC